AUGGUGAGCCCACGCUGCCUCCUGGCCACCGCCAUCACCGCCACCUCCCAGCAGUCGCGCUUCCACACGGAGACGCUGGAGACUGCCAGCCAGGAUGUUGACCUGAGGGGCGUGCACCUGGCGGUGGGGGACCGCGAGCUGCUGGCCUCGGCGCACCUGCGCUUGACCGCGGGGCAGCGAUACGGCCUGCUCGGCAGGAACGGCAUCGGCAAGUCGACGCUGUUAAAGGCCGUGGGCAUGGGGCUGGUGGUGGGGUUCCCAAAAAACCUGCGCUGCCUGUACGUGGACCAGCUGGAGGGCGUGGAUCUAGAGCAGAGCGCGGUGGAGGUGGUGGUGGGCGCUGACGUGGCAGCCCAGCGUGCCCAGCGCGAUUCUGAGGCCCUCGAGGCGGCCUUGGAGGGCGGCGACGGCGCCGACGUCGCCCGCACGCUGCGCCAGCUGCAGCUGGACAGGCUGGUGGACGAGGUGGGCGAGGCGCGGCAGACGGCGGAGCGGCGCAGCGGCGAGCGCGGGCUGGCGGCACGGCAGGCGCUGGUGGCGGCCGAGGCGCGGCUGGAGGCCGCGCAGCAGGCGCUGGGGGAGCCGGUGGGGGCGCAGGAGAUGCACGGCGCGCUGGGGGUGGCGCAGGACCUGCUGAACGACCUGUUUGAGCGGCUGUCCCUGCGGGAGCCGGAGGAGGCGGAGGCGCAGGCACGAGCCAUACUCACGGGCCUGGGAUUCACGCAGGCGCAGCAGGAGGCGCCGCUGGGGCAGCUGUCGGGCGGCUGGCGCAUCCGUGUGUCGCUGGCGCAGGCCUUGUUCCUGCAGCCCGACCUGCUGCUGCUGGACGAGCCCACCAACCACCUGGACCUGCCUGGCAUCAUCUGGCUGCAGCGCUACCUGCGCAAGCUGGAGCGCACCACGCUGGUGGUGGUAUCCCACGACCGAGCCUUCCUCAACGCUGUGGCCCAGGAGAUCAUCGUCUUCCGCAAGCAGCAGCUGUCCUACUACGGCGGCAACUACGACGAGUAUGUGGCGCAGGUGGAGGAGCGCCAGCUGCACCAGCAGCGCCUGGCCGACGGCAUCGAGCGCAAGCGGGAGCACAUGGAGAAGAGCAUCCAGGAGGGUCUGAAGCAAGCGAAAAAGGCGGGGGACGACAAGAAGCUGGGCAUGGUGGCGUCCCGCAAGAAGAAGCUGGAGAACCGGAUGGGGAUGGAGAAGAAUGCGGCGGGGCACCGCCUGCGCCUCAACAAGGACAUGGUCGGCUACUUUGACGCCGCUCGGCAGCAGGCGGAUGUGGAGGAGAAGGAGGCGAACCCGCCCUGGAAGGUGCAGGAGCCCGACCCGCUGCGCCACAAGGGGCCGGUGGUGCAGCUGGAGGCGGUGUCUUGCGGCUACCGCCGCAGCCGGCCGGUGCUCAAGGGGGUGACGCUGUGCGUGGAGCAGGGGGAGCGGGUGGCGCUGGUGGGACCCAACGGGGAGGGCAAGAGUACCCUGGUCAAGACGAUGAUUGCCCAGCUGCCGGCGCUGGCGGGCACGGUGCAGACCCACAGGCGAGUGGGUGGCUGGGUGGCUGCAUCAAUCUCGGCACGCAUCGCCUACUUCCAGCAGACGCAGGUGGAGGAGAUGUGUGCGCAGCAGGAUGCCACGGCGCUCAGCUACAUGCAGGAGAAGUGGCCCGCCGCGCGGGAGCAGGAGCUGCGCAACCACCUGGGGUCGUUUGGGUGCAAGGGAGGCACCGCCACGCAGCCGCUGCGCACGCUGUCAGGCGGGCAGGCCGUGCGUGUGGCGCUGGCGGCGGCCUUCUACGGGCGCCCCCACCUGCUCAUCCUGGAUGAGCCCAGCAACCACCUGGACCUGGGCGGCGUGGAGAGCCUGGCGGAGGCGUUGCGGCAGUACGGCGGCAGCGUGCUGCUGUGGCUGGUGCAGCAGGCGGCGCAGCGCGUGUUCCUGGUGGCCGCCGGGGAGCUGAAGCUGCUGGAGGGCGGCGUGGCUGAGUAUGUGAAGACAUUGAGCGGCACGGGGAAGAAGAAGGCGGCAGCGGGAGGCGCGAAAAAGGGCGGCAGCGCCGCGGCCGCCGGCAGCAGCAGCGGCACCAAGGGCGGCGGCCAGAAGAAGCCUGGCGGGAGCCAGAAGCGGUAG